AUGGCAGCAUGGCUCCUUCUGGCCGCUGGCUCUUCCACAGCCGCCCAGCUUGGGGCGCGACAGAAGGCCGCUCAACCUGAUAUCGAAGGAGAAGCCAACGCGGCUGCUGCACCGCAACCUACGGGUCCUUGCGAAUACUUUCAUGCGCCAGGAUUUGACGACGCGAAUGCGACUCAUCACAUCACAUCUUCUGGCAUUCCUCGAUACUAUGGCGUGUAUGUCCCACCUGGAUAUGAUCACAAGACCAGCACGCAGUGGCCUCUGAUCUUCGACUUUCACGGACGCGGUGCCACUCCACGGGAGCAAUACGAGAACUCACAGUACUACCUGAAUACUCGCGGCCGAAAUUAUGUCGUCGUGUAUCCUCAAGGCUAUGAAGUCUCCUGGCAGGGAGCAAGCUACACCAACGACAGUGUCAACGACCUGCAGUUCGUCACUGACCUGCUAGCUAAGAUCCAAUCGCAUUACUGCAUCGACCCCAACCGGAUCUACGCUUCCGGCAAGAGCAACGGAGGUGGCUUCGUUGAUACCUUGGCCUGCUCUGAUGAAGGGGAUCCAUUUGCCGCCUUUGCCAUGGCCGCGCCUGCGCUCUAUACCGACAACAGCCUUGGCAGCUGUACUAAGAAGCGAGCCGUUCUCGAGGCACACGGAACCAUUGACAAGAUAAUCCCCUACACAGGCGGACCUGGCAACGGCGGUGAACUUCCAGACAUUGACGAAUGGGUCAGCUGGUGGGGUAAACGCACCUGCGGCGCCAGCGCCCGGACGCAUAACUCCUCAGACCUGGGUGGAUACACGGCGACGUCAAUUACAUGCGAUCGCAAAUCAGGUGCCGACCUCAACAACAUCAUCUUGCACUACAAGGUCACCCGCACUGGACACUGCUGGCCUAGCAUCACAGGCCACAAUUACGAUGCGCUCAAUCAGCCGGCCCACAGCUGCCGGACACCGAUUCUGGACUUCACUGAUCGGGUCAUGGACUUUUUCGAUUCAUGGAACGCUCAAACCAAGCCAUGA